GGAGGAGGAGGGUGCCGCUGCUGCUGGAGAAAAGGACAUGCACUCACUCAUUGUUUCUAACUGCUUGAGGAGGAGUACAGACACCGGCUCCGUGGACCGGAGACCUCGCCGCUGCACGUGAAUGUUCGGCACCGCAGUCAGAUUGCAGCAUCAUUCCCAUCUGUGGUUGACAUCAGUAUCUCUUUGAAGCAUCACCACCGUCCAUUAAGGCAGCAGAGGGAGGAGGGUGAGUCAUCCGCUCACAGCACAGCGUCUUAAAGGACCACAGCAUCUCUCAGGUGAUGGAAGUCUUGUGACAGACUCCAGCCCCAGACGCCGCAGUGAUGGAUGGAGCCACUUUCAACCAUGGCUGUGUUGUUGGAUUGUGCCGCCCAACACAGAGUACUUCUGUGUGAUCUGAGGAGGAGGAAGAAGAAGAGACUGCCAGACACUCCUUAAGCCUCGAGAUUCUUCCUCCCUGGUGAUCGAGCCAGAUUCAAACAGGGUUCAAACACUUACCUUAACAAGCCUUCACUGGAUUUUUCUCCUCCUCCUGUACGAACCGCACAGUCAUGGAUCUGCUGUGGGCACUGUCGGUGUCCAUGCUGACGGUGUGUGUCGCCAUUCCCAUGGACGCGGUCGCAGGGAGCCACAGUAUGUUCACCUGUGAGCCCAUCACCCUCCGCAUGUGUCAGGGUUUGUCCUACAACUCCACCUUCAUGCCCAAUAUACUGAACCAUUACGACCAGCAAACGGCCGCUCUCGCCAUGGAGCCGUUUCAUCCCAUGGUGAACCUUCAGUGCUCCCCAGAGCUCAGGAUGUUCCUCUGCGCGCUCUACGCUCCCGUGUGCACAGAGUACGGCAGGAUAACUCUGCCCUGUCGCCGCCUGUGUCUGCGGGCCAAGAGCGACUGCUACAAACUCAUGGACAUGUUUGGCGUCAGCUGGCCGGAGGAGAUGGACUGCAACAGGUUCCCAGACUGUUACGAGUCUUACCCUCGCCCCGUUGACCUCCUCUCCAGCUUGGACACCACAGAGUCCCCCAUGUCCGUCCAGAGAGACUACGGCUUCUGGUGUCCACGGGAACUUAAGAUCGACCCCGAGCUCGGGUACUCGUUCAUGGGCAUUCGCGACUGCUCGCCCCCCUGUUCCAACAUGUACUUCACACGCGAGGAGCUGACAUUCGCCCGGUACUUCAUCGGGGUGGUGUCCAUCGUCUGCCUGUCCGCCACUCUCUUCACCUUCCUGACUUUUCUCAUCGACGUGUCGCGAUUCCGCUACCCGGAGCGUCCGAUUAUAUUCUACGCCGUGUGCUACAUGAUGGUGUCCCUGGUCUUCUUCCUGGGCUUUCUUCUGGAGGACAGAGUUUCCUGUAACGCUGCGAGUCCUGGCAGGUUUAGGGCUUCGACUGUGACUCAAGGCUCCCACAAUAAGGCCUGCACUCUGCUCUUCAUGGUGCUGUAUUUCUUCACCAUGGCCGGCAGCGUGUGGUGGGUCAUUCUGACCAUCACCUGGUUCCUGGCUGCUGUUCCCAAGUGGGGCAGUGAGGCCAUAGAGAAGAAGGCCCUCCUCUUCCACGCCUGCGCGUGGGGCAUCCCCGGUGUCCUCACUGUCAGUCUGCUCGCCAUGAACAAGAUUGAAGGAGACAGUGUCAGUGGAGUUUGCUUUGUGGGACUCUACAACAUCACGGUGCUGCGCUGGUUCCUACUGGCUCCACUGGGACUGGACGUAGUGGUUGGCGUGGCGUUGCUUCUGGCAGGCAUCGCAGCUCUGAACCGCGUGCGCAUGGAGAUCCCGCUGGAGAAGGAGAACCAGGAGAAACUGGUCAAGUUCAUGAUUCGCAUCGCCGUGUUCUCCGUGCUCUACCUGGUUCCUCUGCUCACCGUGCUGGCCUGCUACCUUUACGAGAACAGCUACAGGGCCGUGUGGGAGACCACCUGGGUGCAGGAGCGGUGCAGAGACUACCACAUUCCCUGCCCCUACCAGGUGGAGAGCACCAGUCGUCCUGACCUCGUCUUGUUCCUCAUCAAAUAUCUGAUGAUGCUGAUCGUAGGAAUCCCCUCUGUGUUCUGGGUGGGCAGUAAGAAGACCUGCUUUGAGUGGGCCAGCUUCUUCCACGGCAAGAGACGCAAAAAUGCGAUGGUCAACGACAGCCGUCAGGUUCUCCAGGAGCCCGACUUCUCCCAGCUGCUGCUCCGUGACCCCAACACACCCAUCGCGAGGAAGUCGCGGGGCACGUCCACACAGGGAACCUCCACCCACGCCUCCUCCACCCACCUGGCCAUGCUGGACGAACCGCCCAGCGCCAGCACCAGCCGAGCCGGCUCGGUCCGCAGCGCGCGCUCCAAGAUGAGCAGUUACCACGGCAGCCUGCAUCGCUCCAGAGACGGAAGAUACACGGCCUCCAGUUUCAGAGCGGCAGACGAGCGGCCGCCGUACGGCAGCAUGCCCCGCCUCAACGACCACUCGCAGUCCAGACACUGCAGCGUCGGUCGCCUGGACAGCCUGUCGCGACACAGCUCCACGCAGCGUCUGGAGAACCAGUCGCGCCACGGCAGCGUCAGGGACCUGAGCAGCACCGUGCAAGCCGUCCUCAGCGUCCCAGGAAACGGGAUUCACAGAGUCCUGGAGGAGGACGGAGCCACGGCCUGACACUGAGGCAGGAACGUCAGAGCGGGAGAGAGACGAUAAAAGAAUGUGUGAGGAUCUGGCGUAAAAGUUCGAGCAACCACUUCUGCUGACUCUGGGAGCGCAGACCUCACUGUUGGAGACAAGGACUCAGAUCUGACUGAGAGAACAGAGUGUGGAUCAAUGCCUUAAAACCUUUACCUGAACCUCAGCUGAUCCCAAAACUGAACUCCCCCCCCCCCCCGACGGUGACGAGAGAAGAUUCACCGUCCGACCUCGACGACUGAGCCACUACAGACAGAAUGUGACCGACACUGACAGAGACUGCACUGGACCGAGUUCUUGUUCUGUGUUUGUGUGUGUAUUAAAGACUCUGAAUGAGACGUUCAGGGUCUCCUCCUCUU